AUGUCGGACAAAAAGGUUUCUACUCCCUCGCUCCACGAGGUUGUCCAAGAAAAGCGCGAUAGCGCUUCUUCACAUAACAUCGAUUUCGGAGGAGAAUCUACGCUACCACCUCCUCCAAACCUCACUGAAGAAGAAGAGAAGAAGUUAUGGCGCAAGGUCGACAAAAGACUGAUGCCGAUCCUUGCUCUGAUGUACCUAUUAUCGUUUCUAGACCGAGGAAAUAUUGGGAAUGCCAGGUUACAGGGUCUACAGAGCCAGCUUGAGUUGUCCGGAACUGAAUACAAUAUUGCAUUGACGAUGUUUUUCAUCCCCUAUUGCCUGUUCGAGUGCCCAGCGAACCUCGUUCUCAAACGAUUUCGUCCUUCCAAAUGGCUCCCUGGCAUCACAGUUGCUUGGGGCAUCGUCACGACGCUGAUGGGCCUCGUCAAGAACUACCCCCAACUCGUAGGAGCGCGUGUGUGCCUGGGAGUCGCCGAGGCAGGGCUGUUCCCUGGGGUUGUAUACUAUUUGAGCCUCUGGUACCCUCGACACCAGCUCCAAUUCCGAAUUGGGCUCUUCUUUGGCUCUGCUUCGCUCGCGGGCGCAUUCUCCGGUCUGCUGGCGUAUGGCAUCAGCUUCAUGAGUGGGACGCAAGGUCUCCUUGGAUGGUCGUGGAUCUUCAUUCUAGAAGGAAUUGCGACGGUGGCUGUCGGAAUUCUCGCAUUCUUCGUUCUAGUGGAUUUUCCAGCAACGGCGCAAUUUUUGACCCUCGAAGAACGAUCGUUCCUCGUAUACAAGAAGAAAUACGACAACUCGAGUGUGGGCGAAGAGGAGCACUUCGAGACGCGCCACUUCUGGGCUGCGGUCUCUGAUUGGCAGGUUUGGACUCAUAUCCUCGCCUACAUGUCAAUUGUCGGGCCGCUUUAUGGCAUCACACUGUUCUUGCCAACAAUCAUCAAUUCCUGGGGUCACCCGCCCGCUAUCAGCCAGCUUCUGACAGUUCCCCCUUAUGUUGUCGCAACCAUCCUUGUCUACGUGUUUGCAUACUAUUCCGACCGUCUCAAGAUUCGUUCGCCCUUCAUACUCGUCGGACUCACAUUCUGCCUCGUCGGGUUUUCGAUCAACAUUUCUAAUGUGCCUACUGGGGUCAAGUACUUUGGUACGUUUUUCGUGGUGGCUGGGAGCUAUGGCGCCUUUCCCGGUAUCGUGGCAUGGCUAGGAAAUAACCUAGCAGGCCAGUAUAAGCGCGGUAUUGGGAUGGCGAUGCACAUCGGGAUCGGCAACUUCAGUGGUGCCAUCGCAGCGAACAUAUACCGUUCGAGGGACUCUCCGCGGUUUAUUCUUGGCCACGGUUUGGAACUGAUGUUCGUCGGCGUCGGGUUCAUAACGGUGCCCAUCAUCAUCCUCACCUAUCUGAGGAUCAACAAGAAGCGCGGCGAGGAGCAGCGACUUGCUCUUGAACGCGGAGAAAUGAACAAGCAUUCUGCUCAACAGUUGCGAGAGAUGGGUGAUCGUGCUCCGGAUUUCAGAUACACUCUGUGA